AUGUUACCCGAAGGAAGGUUUUAUUUCGAAGGAAUUCAGACAUCCAACAUCUCCGAAGAAGGAGGCACAUGGCACCUACGGUCCCACUUGCACCGCAGGACGUGGAGACUGGCGGCUCACGGUGCCCUGCCACUGGGUCGACGCGUGUGGCACUAUGGCAGCAAGAACGCGACUUUGACACUAACUUCGUGCUCUGUGCUGCAGUUCUCCACCAACGACGGCCUGUGUAUUCCAAGAAGUCAGAGGUGCGACGGAAAGAAGGACUUGGCUGACGGCAGUGACGAAAGGCGAUGUCGUGAGCGGCUGGUGGAGAAGCAGACAGACUACGACUCCUCAGUACCACCUACUAAUGGAACUAAUGCACAAGGCGACGUUUUUUAUGACUAUAGUUUGUUCAAUAUUAAUCAUAUUACAAGUGAAAAGGGAGAGGCUCUCCUUGAUAUAGGCUUUAACCUUCAAUGGCAAGACCAUCGCGUGACGCUGUGGGAUGUGGGGCCGAAUCCAGUCAGCUUCUCGUGUGAAGACAUCUGGUACCCGAAGAUUGGGAUGGUAGCUGGCUAUAAGAAAGGCGCCGCCAUUGACGUGGAGUGCUACAGUUCAGAAUGCUAUGUCAAAAAGGAUCAGGCAGUAUCUGAGGAGCUGAACCUCGGCGACCCGCUAAUGGGGAGAUCUUUACCCGGGUGGAAGCAGAACCUGAGUCUGUACUCCGAGUGCCGCGUGGCCCUGCCCUGCAACUUCCAGUUCCACCGCUUCCCCUUCGGCUCCCACGUGUGUAACGGGACCUUCUACUUCCUCAAGGCUUCCAUCGAGAUGUCGUGGAGGAGGAAAGCCGCAGUGGACGUCGCUAAAUAUAAAGGCGACUUAAACCUCCUCGACUUCCGUCUCAUCAACAUCACAAGCGAAACCGCCAUCACUCCAAUAUCGAACGGCAGGGAAGUGACUUUCCUGGUCAUCAGCCUUCACCUGCAGAGCCUGUUCGACUACCACCUGUUGAACAGCUUCGCCCCGAGCGCCCUCAUGUUCAUCAUCUGCUAUGCCACGCUCUUCAUCCCCAUCAGCGACUUCAACGAGAGGAUCAUGGUGUCCCUCACUGCCAUGCUGGUGCUGGCGGCGCUCUUCUCGCAGGCCACCGACUCCUACGUGAAGACGCCCUACUUUAAGCUCAUAGACAUCUGGUACGCCACCAUCAUCGCCCUCUGCUUCAUCAUCGUCCUCGUCAACUUGGGCGUGAAUCGAGUCCGGCUUCAUGGCUGCAGUCAGCAACUCAGCAUUGAGAGUGAGUGUGAAAACCUGAAAAUUGCACCGAAAGGGAGAGGCAAAGUGGACAUGAUUAAUAUGAUUUGUAAGAUACUUAUUAUUCUAGUCUUUGUUAUGUUUGUGGUAGUAUUUAUCAUGUUUGCAGCUGAGGUUGUUUAACAGCUGCCUGCGUGGACUUGUUAGUUAUCUCCUUGCCAGAGAAUGAGCAUUCACGAGUGUGGAAGGGAAAGGUAUAAACCGAAU